AUGCUCACGGCCCGCAAGACAAAGCUAUCUCGUCCUGCGAGCUUCUGGCAACGCAGAGUUACUGGCUACGAUCCCGUGGUAGACACACAGAAGGUCUACCGCUGCGCAGAUGCUAUCGAUUUUAUCAAGAAAAGAUGGGAUACAUUCUGCACAGAGGUACUGGACUGCGAUCCACACGAUGAACUCCUACGCCUCGACAUUAGCCGAAUCCACCCCUUCUUUGAGUGGCUUGUGGAAAACUCCAGAAUCGCGUACGCAUCCACAUUGCAAACGCGCUGGAACACGUUUCAAAUGCUCUACAGGCAAGAGUCGGGAGAUGUGCACUUUCCAAUAGAGCUGAAGCUCCAGAUGGUCUCGGUUCGCGCCAGAAUCACCUCACAGUACGGGCUAGAGACACGAAAACGCGAGAAAGGCAUCGCGCGCGUGGAAGAGCAGUUUGAGCUACUGAGAACACUAUGGGAAUCGCCAGACGUUAAGUUUAAUCAUGAACGGCAGCGGGUACAAUUUGCGCUGAUUUUGCACCUCGCGGGCUUGUCAGGUCAACGGCCGCAAGCCCUCGUGAAUGUCCGCUACGGAGACAUCGCAGUUGAACUGAUCCGGGAGUCUAACACUCCGCGCGAUAGUCCACCUCGGGUCGUUGUGAAAUUCACCUUUGCCUAUACUAAGAGCUUUUUAGGCGAGAAAGAUGCCAAUCAAUUUGCUGUACUAGCACGAAACCAGAUUCUUCAACAUCAGAACGGCCAUGUCUACCAACACAAUUAUCUUUCCCGGCACAUCGGGCAAGAUACCAACGCUAUAUAUCAGGGCUUGCAACCCCAAGUCCAGCUCAUGCGGACAGCGACUGGUAUGACGCGGACCAUUGACACCCGCCGUCCGCGCGCUCUGACCGACCAGCAGCACGCUGAAAUUGAAAGCCAUACAGAGACAAAGCGCCUUGUCACACACCGUAAGAACCUUAUGCAGAGUAUUAAGCAGCGCUAUGGUACGCUAGCUAAGGCGAAAGGCACGUCUCUGCAUGCUCAGCAUGCCGAGGCUGUAAGCGCAUGUUGCAAACACAAGAGGUUGUUGAGGGCUGAGAAGCUGAAUACGGCGCGCAAACAGUUCACGAGGAAGCAGGCUGUCGCCGACAUCCGAUAUCAAUUGCAGACCUCAGAGGCAUCCGCCUCUCCGACAGACAGUGCUCAGCUGUCGCCGCCGCUGAGUCACGCGCGGCAGCGAGCUUUCUCGGCUGUCUUUGCCUUCGCGACUUCGGCGCAACAGACGUUAUACGCGGAAGAAGUUAAGCGACGAUGUGAGGCGAUCAAUGCUCUUGCGGCGCUUUGUGCUGUGCAAGAGCCUGCUGUUAGACGGGCUUGUCGACCGAGGAAUGUCGCAGCAAGCAGUGUACCUGAGGCGAGCGUCGCGCUCAAGCUGUCGAUGCGCGCAGAGCAGCCGGCUUCGAAUGCCUUCUGCGUCUGUUUCCGUGCUAUCCCCGCAUAUCGCUUGACCUCGCUCGAUCUCCACUACGAGCACAUCCGACUAGCAGAGCAGUUCGCGAGUUUCCAGAACUCUAUCAUCGGAUCAAGAUUGGAGGUGAUACGGCCGACAUCAUCCAUUGUGCCGCUUUAUGGGAGGACAUUUUGUGGAUGUAAGGUUGCGAGGACAGCGUACAGCAUGUGUACGGUAUGCGGCGGUCGCACAGAAAGAUCAACACAGAACACUCUGACUGUGCACGUGCGCGAGUCCAAAUUGAUGUUCUGCGUGAGGAUGUUUUCGACGCCCGAUCUACCUCCUGACGGUGAAAACGGACCAUGGGAUCGUCAGAGCAGUGAGGAGGAAGCAGAAGAGGAGGAAGCAGGCUCCAUGAACGAACAGUAUGAACUUCAACUGUACUAUGCGAUCGUGUGCGACGACGCUGUUAUAGCAAGCACGGUGCGAACUGGACACUCAAGCAACGAUGUGGACGUCUUUCAGAAGGGAUUUGAGUCUUGGAUCUAUCAGGAGAGCGGGAGACUUGGUAUACAAAAGUAUGACAUUCUGCGCACGGAGACGAUCGCUACUACCGAACAACACCCAACCUAUCAUGAAGGCUCUGCAUCCCGAGAGGCUGUCAGAAGGGCCUUGAAUCGAAGAUUGGUGAGAGAACAGGUGUUGGGCGUGAAGGAAGACGUACGAGUCAAAAAUCAAUUCUACAAACGCAACAUGGGUCUUCGCAAAAAGGCGCACGAAUUGGCAAUGCUGUGCAAAGUGCAGUGUUGA